CCAGACCCAAAAUCUCAUACUUCUAUCACCACCCCUGUGCGCUCUUCUUAAGUAGAGGACCUGGGUCUAUGUAUGAAUCUGAGUAUUUCAUACCAUAUCAACGAAAUCAAUUACCACAACAUCAAAAUAGAAUCUCAAAAUGAGCACAAUCACCAUUGCUUCUUCCCUAAAACUCUAUGAAAAUUUCAAAAAAUCAAGAGCUCCCAUCAAACCCAUUGAAACCCACUUAAGAGUAUUGUUAAGGGUGCUGAUUGCUGAGUGAAUUGUAUUUCGUCUAGGUUUGAUAGCAUGGUAUCAGAGUCUCCAUGGCUCACGCUGAUACAUGAUCAUCUAUCCGUCGGCGCUGCUUCUUCGAUUGGUUUUGGGCGAUUUCCAGUUCAAGAUUCGAGCUCCUUCAUUUGUUUGAUUAAUUUUACUUGAUUAUAUCAUCUUUAUCUGGGCUUGUUCUUCAUCGGUUCAUCCCUUGAAUUUUGGGAUAUGCAUUUUGGAUUGAGCUUUUUCUGGGUCAAUCACUGAUGAUUUUCAAUAAAGAGGAAUCGGAGAGUGAUCACUACGAAGGAGAGAGAAAGACAAAAGAAAGAUGGGCAGUGAAAGGAAAAAACAAAGCAUGAGUUAGUUGUAGGCCAUUGGAUUCAAUACCGACACGUGUCUUAAUCUUCUUCAAAGCUUCGGUAGGUUAGGCAAAAUAUAAGAUUAGGAGAGGAUCCUCUCCCAUAUAAUUAAGCCCCUCUUCCCACCUCUGGCUAGCUCUUUUCAUCUUCUACCUUCUUCAACAAGUAGAAAAAGCCCAAAUCUAAUUGCAGGCAAAAAAAACUAAACUAGAUCGGGACAAACUCACUAUAUCCACCAGAAAAGGCCUAGAGAAAAAACUAUUUUCUAGGAUUGCUGGACCAAUUAGCAGCUCAAUUAUGGUCCAAAGGAGAACCUAGCCCAAGGUCGAAGCCCAAAAAGGCCAACCCGGCCGAAACCCAUCUCCACCCCGUGCAGCAUGUAUGCCCGUGCAACGGCCACGACCCCGGUCGCCGCCCUUCGAGGAAACCUCACCUCCCAUCGCCGCCGCCAUCUAAGCAAACGAGUCUGGAUGCCCAUCAGGCCCGAGCCAAUCGGGUAUGGGACACCAAACACACCCCGCCGUCUACUGCAUGCCAACGACGCCUCCACAACCUCCGACCAGCGUCCCCGGAACUCUGCCGCUACCAUCUUUUCCGCCAACGAGGAUCGAAAAGGGAUGAACGCUGGCCAACCAAUGGAAGUGGCAGGUCUAUUUGACAAGCAAGCAGAGAUAUACGUAAAAGGUCGGCCAACAUAUCCCAAGGAAUGGUAUUCUAUGCUGGCUGCUCUCACCCCACAACACUCUUUAGCUUGGGAUAUUGGCACUGGCAAUGGCCAAGCUACCGUUGGUCUUUUAGAGCAUUACGACCAAGUAGUUGCAAGUGACAUAAGUGAAGCACAAUUGAAAUAUGCCAUCCAACACCCUCGAGUUCGAUACAUUCACACUCCAGCAUCAAUCUCAGACGAUGAAAUGGUAAACUUAAUAGGGGGCGGUCAAGAAAAUUCAGUUGAUUUGGUUACAGUGGCUGCUGCCAUUCACUGGUUUGAUCUCCCACGCUUCUACUCGCUUGUCAAACGCCUUCUGCGACAACCAGGAGGCAUAAUCGCUGUUUGGUGCUACAAUGGCAUGGUCGUAAGCCCCGACUUUGAUCUUGUAAUGAAGCGUUUACACGAAAGUUGUCUACCAUUUUGGGACCCGAGGACAAAGUACGCAUGGGAGGGUUAUACGACACUUCCUUUUCCAUUUGAGAGCGUUGGAUUGGGUCGUGAAGGUGAACCUAUCACACUUGAAAUACCAAAGGAAUUGUCAUUUCAGGGGGUUGAGAGGAUGUUGAGGUCUUUCUCUGCAGUCGCUACAGCUAAAGACCGGGGUGUGGAUUUGUUGUCUGAAGAUGUGAUUAAAGAGCUUCACAAAGCUUGGGGUGCGCAUGAUCUGGUCAGAUCAGUUACAUACAAGGCAUUUAUGCUUGUGGGCAAAUUAUAAUUUUUAUGUAAUGCUUAUUAUAUCCAUGGAAUUGGGAACUAAAACGUGCUGUAUUUGUUUAUGCAAAUUAUAAUGUACGUUUAUGCA